AGGAAGUAGUGUGUACUGGGAGUGAGAAAAGAUUCUUUUUCACUUUCUAUGACCGGUUAAAAGAAGAUGGAUGCACAGAAUUCAGCCAAAGUCAACACAAGAAAAAGGAGGAAAGAGGCACCUGGACCCAAUGGGGCAACAGAGGAAGAUGGGAUUACUUCCAAAAUGCCACGCUGUGCAGUUGGCUUACGGCAGCCAGCUCCUUUUUCUGAUGAAAUUGAAGUAGACUUUAAUAAGCCCUAUGUCAGGGUAACUAUGGAAGAAGCCAGCAGAGGAACACCUUGUGAGCGACCUGUGAGAGUUUAUGCAGAUGGAAUAUUUGACUUAUUUCAUUCUGGUCAUGCCCGGGCUCUGAUGCAAGCAAAGAACCUUUUCCCUAAUACAUACCUCAUUGUGGGAGUUUGCAGUGAUGAGCUAACGCACAACUUCAAAGGCUUCACAGUGAUGAACGAAAGUGAGCGCUACGAUGCAGUGCAGCACUGCCGCUACGUGGAUGAGGUGGUGAGGAACGCCCCCUGGACCCUGACACCGGAGUUCCUGGCAGAGCACCGGAUUGAUUUUGUGGCCCAUGAUGACAUCCCUUAUUCUUCCGCAGGAAGUGAUGAUGUUUAUAAGCACAUUAAGGAAGCAGGUAUGUUUGCUCCAACACAGAGGACAGAAGGUAUCUCUACAUCAGACAUCAUCACCCGAAUUGUCCGGGACUAUGAUGUGUAUGCCAGACGGAACCUACAGAGGGGCUACACGGCAAAGGAGCUCAAUGUCAGCUUUAUCAACGAGAAGAAAUACCAUUUGCAGGAACGGGUUGACAAAGUAAAGAAGAAAGUGAAAGAUGUGGAAGAAAAGUCAAAAGAAUUUGUUCAGAAAGUUGAGGAAAAAAGCAUUGACCUCAUUCAGAAAUGGGAGGAGAAAUCCCGAGAAUUCAUUGGAAAUUUCCUGGAAAUGUUUGGUCCGGAAGGAGCACUGAAACAUAUGCUGAAAGAAGGGAAAGGCCGGAUGCUGCAGGCCAUCAGCCCAAAGCAGAGUCCCAGCAGCAGCCCCACUCGUGAACGCUCCCCCUCCCCCUCUUUCCGAUGGCCCUUCUCUGGCAAGACUUCCCCUUCUUCCUCCCCAGCAAACCUCUCCAGGCACAAGGCUGCAGCCUAUGAUAUCAGUGAAGAUGAAGAAGACUAAUUUUUCAGCCCUCCUUUCCUCUCCCCUCCCUUUGUCCCAUCACCUUCAAAAGCUCUGUUGAAUUCCAAAUUGUGAUCCCAACAAUAAACUUAAGGACGGCUACAAAGGAAAGACAAUUGGGCCAGAGGACCUCAGACGGGGGACCAGACAGCCCAUUCUCCAAGAGACAUCACCCACCCAAGAAGGAGGCUGACUACACCCUAGAGGCCUUUUCUGCAUCCAUAUACCCUUCUCAUUGACUUUGCUUUACUGUUUAUGUUCAUAUGAUCUUGACAGGGAAAUUACCAUUUUUAUUAAUUUUUAAAAAUUAGUCUUUAAAAUAUAGUAAAUAGAACUAA